GAUUAUCCGUUCUAUCCCUUUCGUAGUCAAUGGUCGCCGCGAGCCGUCCGCUGGAGAGUGUCGGUCCGAUUUUUCCUACGGAAAACACUGCUUCCCGUGGGUCCAUCGUCAUCGUACGCUUCGUCGCAGCAGCGCAGCAGCAGUCCCUUUGAUAAUCGCGCAUCAAUCUGCAAGCACGAUUUGUAGAAGAUGAGUUCGAGUGCGUGUUACAAAUGUAACCGUAUGGGUCACUUUGCACGGGAGUGCCCACAAGGCGGUGGUGGAGGCAGAGGAGAUCGUGGACGUGAUAGAGACGGUGGUUUUGGACGUGGCCGAGAGAAGUGCUUUAAAUGCAACCAAUUUGGACACUUUGCGCGUGAAUGCAAAGAGGAUCAAGAUCUUUGCUAUCGUUGCAAUGGUGUUGGACACAUUGCUAAAGACUGUCAACAGGGACCGGAGUUGAGUUGUUACAAUUGCAACAAGACUGGUCACAUGGCACGCAGCUGCCCGGAGGGUGGCAACGAUUCCGGCCGCUUUGCCAUGCAGAGCUGUUACAAUUGCAACAAGACGGGCCAUAUCGCUCGCAACUGCACCGAGGCCGGUGGCAAGACUUGCUACAUCUGCGGCAAGACCGGUCACAUAAGCCGCGAAUGCGAUCAGGAUGACAGGAAGUAGGAGACAACCGGAAUCCGUGCCGCUCGCUUAACGAUAACGAUAAGCCGUUCACCGUCGCGCGCGCCACUACCGGGAAUUGUAGCUAGGUAGGGAUGAUGCGGACGUAUAUCUCGUUGACGCGUACAAUUCGCAGAGGACGCGUGUCGCCGACAUCGUCGUCGUCGUCGCCAUAGGCGUCGUCGUCGUUGUCGUCGUAAUCGUUCGGAUUGCCACCAUUUACCAUGCUCCCAAUUCCCGGAGGCCAGCCCCCAACCCUCCUCGCCCUUUAUUCCCAAAUCUCCUUCCCCUCUCUGCCCACCGUUGUUCUCUUCGCAAGGAUUUUUUUUUCUUAAUGAUGUCUUUAAGUUUUUAUUGCUGUUACACCUAUACAUACAUCAACACAUACAUUGUAUUGCUACGUGUAAAUGAGCGCAGGGUUCAUUUCUUACAAACACAUUUAAUAGUUACAUUUAUUACACAUACAUGAUACACUUUCUACACAAAGCAUACAUAUACACAUCUAUAUAAUAAUAUGAACAUUCGAUUGGAUUAGAAUGUAGAGACAUGAGUCCUCUGUCCCCCUGACCUUCGAACUGUCUCGUAUGCGCAUUGUUUUCCGAUGCAAGAUGUAUGGAUUUUCAGAAAGUUCUAACAUGUGGUCUCGCGAGAUUCAAUGCGUGUCUGGCGAUAUUCGCGCGAUUCAAGUAUAAUAAUGCGCAAGAUUUUCUCUUUUACGCAUCCCCUCGAAUUUGUUCGAACUAAGCAAAUUUUACAAAACGACUAAUAAUAAUGAAGACAUAAGAAAGGAAAUAAAAAGAGCAGACUGAUACUCGGCGCUUGGGUAGACAAAGAGGAACAUCUUUUCUUUUUCUUUCUUUUUUUUUUUUUUUUACAUUGACACGGUUUACGAAUAAGUAAUCACAAGGCACGGGCUCACGUCGCAACAGUUUUCGCAUCCACGCAUCUUGUAUUCUCCGGUCCUCCCUCUCGAACUCUCAAGCUGACACUCAUAAAUCGACAAAAGAAGGAAAGAAAAAAAAUGAAUGCGAAAGCGAGAAAUGGAAGAAGCGAGAACACACAUGCCGGCCCUGAAUGCAUAAAAAUAAGAUUUAGUAACGCUAAUUUUUAAUGUGUAAGGAUGUAAUGAGGAUCUCGCCGAGCUCUUACAACGUAUGUCAUUUCUGCGUUUUUUUUUAAAUCUUUUCUUUCGCCAUUUUCUUCCAUAUAUCGAACUCGUCUAGUUCCAUACAAGUGCGGACAAAGCAAUGUAUAGUUGUAGGAUUGUCAGUGUUUACGGGUUUAUAUACAGUUAUACCGCGUCUUUUACUCACCCACCCCGACUUCGAUGAAGUAGGGCGAAAGAGAGAGAAGUGCGCUUUCUUACGUGGUUUCACCAAACGUAAAGGGAACGAAACGCGACUUGCGAUUUAAUACCAGUGUAAUACGUUCGAAACGAUCGCUACAUCACGAUAUGUAUGUAUAUAUACAUAUAAACACGGUAGUCUGUACAAGUUGGUACAUUUUGUACGUACAAUCAUAUAAUUGUUAAUAACAUAGAUUCAUAUUGUUUAUACUAUCGCCGUUCGUGAACAUUCGCUGUUCAUGGACAUGCGACAAACGAAAGAGGAAUUUGUUUCUCUUUGCAGGAGAGAGAAUGUACCAACCUUACUAUAUCCUUACAUGUUGCUGAAAAUACUUCGUUACUAGAUAUAUGUAUAUAUAUAUAUAUAUGCGCAUAUGUGUAUACAUAUAUUUAUGCAUAUGUGCAGGAGCUGUAUUUUGUACUGUAAAAAGCUAGCUUAUACUCUGGUCGUUGCUGGUGACUAAUUCCAAUACGAUUCUUCUUUGUAUUGCCACGAGAAAAUUAUAUUUUUCAUGUAUAGACAUGUUACUGAGAUCGAUAUAUAUUUCUUCUUUUCCUAUGCGUAACUUAUAAGUUGUGUAGGAGCAAAAUUUGUAGAUACGGUCAAAAGAAACGAAAAAAAAAGAGAUUGCGAUGGAUUCGAGGGAAAAAAAAGACUAUCCCUGCCGCCGCGCGCGGGGAUGACCACUUAUACUCGACGCGAGUACAAAACGAGAUUUUUCUUAAAAGAGAAAAAAAGAGACUUGUGUGCAGCCACAUUAAAAGAGAAAGAGAGAGAGAGAGAGAGCCGCGGCUCGUCCGAUCGCGGCGCGCAGUGUUCAUAAAAUAAAAAAAGUAAUAAAAAAACGAAAUUAGAAUAAGAGACGCGAUUAGAUUUCCGACUACUUUUUCCAAACAAAUACCGGACCAUGUUUACAGUAGAGCGCGACACCACGCGAUAUCAACUCAAUCAUCUGGAAGCCGGGGCAACAAGAUAUCUUUGUUCAGAUCCGAUACGCGCGGACGUAUCCGCGCGCGCUUGCGGAUUCAGUGGUUUUACCAGCAGCGACAAUUGUGUAUUAACGUUCAGAAGCCAGGCGUUCCUGACUAUCUCGAUGGAAGGAAAGAUCCCGAAUUGGAUCGGCCGCGGCGGCGGCGAAGCCGCGCUCGGGGAGGUAUUUCGCGUAGUAAAUCCAGGUGUCCUGCAACACAAUUUUAUACACUUAACACACACGUUCGGGACUUAAUUAAAUAUCCGGAUCUCAUUGCGUAGUUUCGGUGUGCUCUAAUGCUCACGAUGCGAGACUUGGAGAGGAUCAAAUAAAUUGUACUUCGCGCUAUUAUCGGACUUCGCGGCCUCUGGUGCUAUCGCCCGGUGCACGGACAUGCGUUGGACCAAGUCCUCCGUGAAUGGAUGAUGACGAAAGAUUGGAAUAUCCUUCGCGUUAUAUUUAAUUAAGGAUCUUCUUCAACAAUUUCAAUCAGACAUGUUUAAAUCAGGAUCCUAUAUUCUCUCGAUGGCAUCGAAAACGAUGACGUUACGAAGUUGUUCCAAUUUUUCGGAUGUCUUUAAUUUAAGACUUUUCUCAGAGACACUUUUUUUAUAUAUAUUGUCUGGCUGGGAACGUUUGUAAGAGAGAUUUAAGUCGAGUACACAUCACACAUGAGUAAGAGUAACAGUCUGAAUGAAACCAUGAUAAAAUCGAUUCCCUCCGCGACACAGUCUCCGGGUUUAUUUGCGGCACCAGAGGUACAGACGAGAGCAUAUAAUACGAAUAAUUAUUAUUAUAAAGAAGAAAAAAAAAUACGAGUGCGAUUAGGGCACCUGCGCUUUUGUCUCUGCUACAAGACUUACGUACGAAUAUUGUAAAGAGUACGACUGUUACAGUGUAUGAAUUUAAUUCGACCGGCGGCGCACGCCGGGUCCACGGCUCGACUUAUAUAUUAAACUAAUCUAUUAAUACUUAAAAAGAAAGGAAAGGAGAGAGAGAGAGCGACAGAGAGAAAGAAAGAAGAAGACAAGGAGGAUGAAGAGGAAGAAGAGUAAAAAAUAAAAAAAAAUAAGCUGCAAAAUAAUAAAAAGGAUUGUGGAGUAUUUGAAGUUAUGUUUUUAAACUGAAUUUUUGAAAUAGAAUGUGUACGGAGAGGCAAAGAA